AUGUCGGCCCGAGCUCUGCUGUUGGUCGGUGCGUCGGACUGGCGUCAUUCCUGCGCCGACCGCCGCCGACAGGGCACGAGUCCCUCUGAGUUCCCGACCGCGCACAUCUACACUUCGAGAUGAGAGGGAUUCUGCUUUCCAUCUGUCUGAUUGGUGUGAUCCUGCAGCUGGUGACCGCUCACCACGGACCAGAACAUUUGAAUGAUGGAGAUGAUCACAGCCAGGAGGCCAAGUUUCUGCUAAAGCCGACGACAAAGACGCGCACUCGGACCCGUAUCGCCACCACGACCACCGCGGCGUACUACUCCUGCGUGCCGAUAGCAACAUCCGUAGGUUCAACCGCCUGCACUCGCCGUCGACGCCGCGCUCUGAGACCAGUUCACGUGGCUCCGAAAGAAGGACGACUGAUGUCCAGCCAACAGGAAAACAUUGACGAGGUGGACGGCGCGCGGGACGGCCGUCUGUUCCACGGGGCUGUGACCGUCUACACCACCGAAUUUACCACGGUCACCGUCACGGCCACGUCCACCAACACGGCCUUCACCGUCAGCGUGUCGUACGGCUGCACAUUGACCGGGAUGGACCUACCGCCCAGCUGCUGAGCCAAGCAGAGAACCGCAUACGGAGCACUGACGGAUGGCUAACAGUACACAAGUAUAUCGUGCAUACGGAUGACAGCAAACAGAUGAUUGCAAAGAGAGAAAAUGACAUGCUGUGGAGAAUGGAGGACUACACGCAAUACAAUCAUGACUGCACAAGUGCACAGUUCUGGAUACGGGUACGGAAUGUUCAACAUUCGGUCAUAUGGGUGUUGUUCGACAUGUCACGUGCUGUCUUUUAUAGUUGUUGGGUUUUUACGAGCUGUUUUAUUGUUUUGUUGUUAUUUGUUAAUUUGCGAAAUAACAAACGACCUUUAUACUAACGACUGUUGAAAGCAGCCACUUAGGUGCCCUUUGUACAUCGCAGUGUCAUUUGUUGAGUGUUGAUUUCUUUAAUUUUGAUAAUACAUCACAUUUGUUGA